CAUCACCAUCUCAUUGAACCAUCAAUCUCCUUCUCACGACCACCUCAAAUCUCAUCUCCACCCUUAAUACCGAGAUCAUCACGCCCACACGCCACAGUCACAAAAAAUUCAUCUCAGAAAUGUUCAAGGCCUACAAGAACCUGUCACCCAACACCCGCCUGGGCGUCGGCGUCGCCGUCAUCGCCUGGGGCAUCGCAGGGCUGUACAUUUCCGACAAGGCUGAAGAAUCGUUCGGCUUCACACCGACCGAGGAGGACAAGGCUGAGCUGCGCAACUUGGCGCCCAGAAUCACCACUGUGGAAAAGACCAAGGACCAGCCAAGAUGACAUGGGAAAAUAACGACUAGCUCACCGAUCGACCUCAAG